CUCCCUCUCACACACACACUCCCCCUUUUCUAUUGGAGAUUCUAUCCUCUAGCACUGACUGCUUCUAAACAAACACACACUUACACACACAAACACAGCCACACACGCAUACUCUUACACACCCAGCAGACGGUGGGGUCUAACACACACACACACACACACACACUCACAAACACAGCCACACACGCAUACUCUUACACACACAGCAGACAGUGGGGUCUAACACACACACACACACUCACAAACACACACAAACGCAGCCACACACGCAUACUCUUACACACACAGCAGACGGGGGGGUCUAACACACACUCACAAACACACACACACCAUCUGAUGACAAACCCUCUACGUUCUCCUCCAGUACAUUCAGCGGGGAUAUGAUGUGAGUGAGUGUGUGUAUUUUGUAUGUGAGAGUGUGAGAAAGAGCAAGAUGCGUGUGUGUGAGAGUGUGUAAUCGUCAUCUGUAAGCAUCUGUCUGGAAGACUACUCCCUGCUCCAGGCAGUUAGCCUUGGCUCUCCAGCAGAGAGUGGACUGUGGGAUGAUAGUUUGGGGAUGUGAGGGAGAAGAGGGCUCAUCACAAUGACCAACCAGGACAAGUGGGUCACUCUGACCCCAGCUGAAUUCUCCCUUCUGCAGGAGUACGCUCAAUACUCAACCAAGAAGCUGAAAGAUGUGCUGCAGGAGUUCCAUGGAGACGGAGUGUUGGCGAAAUAUAACCCAGAGGAGAAGAAAGACAUACUCAGUCAGGAGAUUGACUUUGAAGGCUUCAAGGUCUUCAUGCAUACGUUUCUGGAGAGCGAGCUGGCAGAGGAGUUCUGUCAACACCUCUUCUUAUCAUUCAGUAACAAGGGACCAAAACCCAGCCCCUCUUCAAUAGACAAGCCCAGAGUUACUGGCCUCAAGCUGAUCAAAGGGAACUCGACCCCUCUGAAGGUGCCCCCUCUACCUAGGACUCUGCCCAGACCUCUAGGCAUGGUUCAACUGAAGGACAUCGUCUGCUACCUCUCACUGCUGGAGGGUGGCCGACCUGAGGACAAACUGGAGUUUAUGUUUCGUCUCUAUGAUACAGAUGGGAAUGGGUCUCUGGAUAGUUCGGAACUGGAGCACAUCGUCUCUCAAAUGAUGCAUGUUGCUGAGUACUUGGAAUGGGACGUGACAGAAUUGAAGCCGAUUCUGCAGGAGAUGAUGCAGGAGAUUGACUAUGACCAUGACGGUACUGUGUCUCUAGAGGAGUGGAUACAGGGAGGCAGCACGACCAUCCCCCUACUUGUACUACUGGGACUAGAGACGAAUGUGAAAGACGACGGGCAGCACGUGUGGAGACUGAAGCACUUCAACCAGCCUGCCUACUGUAAUCUGUGUCUGAACAUGCUUAUAGGCCUCGGCAAGCAAGGGCUGUGCUGCUCAUUCUGCAAGUACACUGUCCAUGAGCGCUGUGUCGCCCGUGCUCCUCCGUCGUGCAUCAAAACCUACGUGAAGAGCAAGAAAAACACAGAGGUGAUGCACCAUUUCUGGGUGGAGGGAAACUGCCCGACCAAGUGUGACAAGUGUCACAAAACCAUUAAGUGUUACCAGGGUUUGACUGGGCUUCACUGUGUGUGGUGCCAAGUCACGCUUCAUAAUAAGUGUGCCUCACAUGUGAAACCUGAGUGUGACUGUGGACCACUGAAGGACCAUAUCCUGCCCCCCAACACAAUCUGUCCUGUCGUACUGGAAAGACAGUCUACGGUGAGGAAAGAUUCCAGAUCCAGCCAAUCAGGAGGCAGAGGGAAGAUACAGAGAGCCAACUCAGUUACAGUGGAUACCCAAGGACUACAGAUCACAACAAUAGAGGGAACUCAUCCUCUGCUAGUGUUUGUGAAUCCAAAGAGUGGAGGGAAGCAGGGAGACAGGAUCUACAGAAAAUUCCAGUACCUCUUAAACCCUAGGCAGGUAUACAACCUGGCCAAGAACGGACCCAUGCCUGGGUUGAAUUUCUUCCGAGAGGUUCGAGAUUUCAGAGUGUUAGCUUGUGGUGGGGAUGGGACAGUCGGUUGGAUUCUGGAUUUCAUAGAUAAGGCCAAUCUGGACAGGAACCCCCCUGUGUGUGUACUUCCCCUUGGAACAGGAAAUGACCUGGCAAGGUGUCUGCGAUGGGGAGGAGGUUAUGAGGGAGAGAGCAUUCUGAACAUCCUGAGGGACAUAGAGAACAGCUCUGAGGUGAUGUUGGACCGCUGGAAGAUUAACGUCACACCCACGGACAAGGAAGAGAGGGGAGACCCUGUGCCUUACAGCAUCGUCAACAACUAUUUCUCCAUUGGGGUGGAUGCUUCCAUUGCACAUCGGUUCCACAUGAUGAGGGAGAGACACCCUGAACGCUUUAACAGCAGAACAAAGAAUAAGCUGUGGUACUUUGAAUUUGGCACUUCUGAGACCUUCUCGGCCACAUGCAAGAAGCUCCAUGACUUUCUGGAGGUUGAGUGCGACGGCAUCACUCUGGACCUAGACAGCAUCUCUUUGGAAGGCAUCGCAAUUUUAAACAUUCCCAGCAUGCAUGGCGGCUCCAACCUGUGGGGUGAGAGCAGGAAAAGGCGAGGCAACCGCCGGGGAGGGAAGAAGACCCAGGAUAAGAGGACAACAGUGCUGGACCCCAAAGAGCUUCAAUUUGCUGUCCAAGACCCGUCAGACCAGCUGUUGGAGGUGGUGGGUCUGGAGGGAGCCAUGGAGAUGGGACAGAUUCACAUCGGCCUGAGGAGCGCAGGAAGACGCCUGGCCCAGUGCUCCUCGGUCACCAUCAGGACCACCAAAGCCCUCCCCAUGCAGAUUGAUGGGGAGCCAUGGAUGCAGACUCCCUGUACUAUUGAAAUAGUGCAUAAGAACCAGGCACCGAUGUUGAUGGGUCCCCCACAAGGCAACAGCUUCUUCUCCUCUGUGGUCCGCCGAACAUGCAACGAGAGCAAAGACUGAGUGAGAGACUUAGCCUUCGGGCCUCUUCUCCAGAGAAACAAGCGUUUUUACCCAUGAAAGUCUCUAGGUUUGAUGCCAGAAUGCUAAUUUGUUAGCUCCAUUUGGGUCACUAGGUUAUGAUGCUAGGAUUCCAAUUUGUUAGCCUAGCUCCAUUCAAUAGCAUACUGUAGCUGUGCAUGCUAUUUCUGCCAUGGAAAUGUCAGUGGUCCCCUUUCUUAUUUAGAGUGAGGAACUACAAGGACAGAGGCUUUGGUUCAUGAUGCAGUGCCACUCCACAAUGCCAACGCAGUGGCGUUGUCCUUCUGGAACAGUUGUUUACCUUUCCAGAUUAUAACUUUAUACUGUUACGAUGGCAUGUUUUUCUAAAUGUCAUUUCUAUAGUGGUCUUGUGCAACGUGCCAUGUGGAUCAAGUCCUUUGAAGGAAGUGACACAUUUCUGUCAAUCAUUGAGUCAUUUGUAUGGUAAGGUAUUGAUUUGAUCUGCAUCAAUAUUUUGAAUGUGUUUGCAUUUAAACACCCCAAUGCAUGAUGGACUUUGGAUUACUGUUUAUGAAGUGAACAUAUCUUUCAGGUUGCAUAAGGACAGUGAUUAUAUUGAGUCAACAUAUGGUGUAAGCUUUUGGUCUAAGGUAAAGUUUCAGGUUAUUUGCUUCACAAUUCAACGGGGCACUGACCAGCUCUUCAAUGUUGACUUCAUCCGAGAAUGGAUUUAAGAAUCUCAAAGGCUCUGUUAGGUUUCUCGCUAAACAUGUUUGACAGGUUAAUGCUCAAAUGUCUUGCAGCUGGAUCAUAGAAACUAUUUCCAUUAAGGAUCAUAGACCAAUUAAGGAAAAUGAAUGGGUAACAAACGCAUGCACACGUCACAUGACAUACACUUUUUCUAUAUUGCACGGGAUAUCCAGACAAUUUCUUCUAAUUGUGCAGUUGCACAUCUUGAGUUGCAUGGAUAACCAAGAUCUACUGUAUUCUUGAACCUGUGGAAUUGUACUGUGUUGGUCAUUUUGGAAGUAAAACACUUUGUCAGGGUUCAACUACUGCCUUUCUCUCACAAUAUAUGAAAUCAUAUAAACCUGAAAUCAACCUUUUGUGUUCAGGAAGUCCUGUUUUUCAAGGCCAGGUACUCAGAUAUUUUUAAGAUAUAAGAUUGCUCAAAGGUUUAUACACUAACUAUUAUUAUAGAAAAACCUUUCAACAAAUAUAAUUGAGUACACCAUGUUGUACAAUCAUCACAGUCAAGGCUAUUACUAUUGACAUACUUGAGCUGGAAUUGAAGAAUCAAUCAUGAGAAUCAGUCUAAUCAAUUUGUAUGACUGGGUUAUUCAGAGACGAGAAGAAGUUAUGUAUUCUCCCUCUAGAAAUCUGCAGAGGCGAUUUGGUCUUGCACAUGAUAUGCAUAUAAGACUAACCGUAAGAAUGACCUGAUAUUGUUAACCUGAACAGUGUUUUGUACUUUUAAUUUCAGAAAUCUAUAUAGACUUUUUAUUAUAUUGACAGCAUUCAUCCAGUUUUCACCUAAACAACUGACCCAUACCUCAAUAUAAUAUACUACCAAAGAUAAACAGAAUGGCAGGCCAUAAUCAGAUCACAUAUUCAGAUCAGAUCCAUACACUAUAUGAAAUUCUUCAAAUCUGUUACACAAGAAUGACAGUCAAACUACAUGAAUAGAUACAAGUUUUCAAGUGAAAUGCAUUCCUGCAUGUUUUCUAAGUACAAUUCAAGGAUAGAAGAUUACUGUAUUGGAUUUCUGUCUCUGUUCAAAGUGCCAUCCUGCCUAUGGAAUAUUUGGGUCUGCUAACUUUUCCAUUACUUUGCUUUGUAAGUGCAGUGUUUGUUUUGUACAGUGAAGUUGUAUUUUUGUACACAAUGUUAUUUUUCUGCAUAAAGUAUAGCUCUUCUCUGUAAAUCACGCCAAUGUGUAGUUCUGUUCAAAAACUGAACAGAACACGAAAACAAUUAAAUGUUGUUGUCGUUUGACAUGCUCAUCUACACGUGUUUUUACCUUUGACCCUGUUGACACCUAAUGGCUCUCAAUGGCACAAUGUCACCUGAGACGAGUUGACUGUCACCGACAGGACACUCACUAUCCUGUUAGUGUUCUUACACCUGCUCUAAACACCUGUUAUUUAUACAGUGGAUACACUCAAGCCAUGAGAGAUGCCUGUCAAACUGUUUACACCCUGAUCCUGCGAUGACCCUUCAAUGACCCUUCAGCAUGCUUUUUUCUUGUUGCUUGAUUCAACUAAAUCAAUAUAUGAUUCGUCUUAAAAUAAAUGCCCCUUACCAAAUCUAA